CUGUCUGAUAUCUGAGGCCUCAGCCCACCAGGAAAGGAAGGCAACCGCCUAUUCUGGAUCUCUACCCGUGGCCACGGCCCUUACACACCUGUUACCUGUGGCAUCAACCCGCAAAACCCCUGCUGCGGGUGAGGAAGUACAGACCAGUGCAGAGAGAAGGCUAACACCAAAAUCCCCUUGAGAACAAGAUAAACACGGCCAUCCCAGCGCCGCCACCAACACCCCCCGCAUCUCUCCACCCGGUUCAGGUUCUUUGACCAAGAGAAGGAGCCGUCAGUUACUGGUUGCGUGGGAAGGCAGAGCACCGACAGACAUUGAACAUCAAGGUUCUCCUGAUUUCCUGUGAGGUCCCUCCCCCUCACCAUCGCCGGCAUUGACGCUCCACCGUACAUGGACCAUGAAAAGUAGUUUUGGCUCCGCCAUCCAACGCCUGUCCACUUAGAACACCUAAAAUGGCGGCCAGAUGCCCCUCUAAACAGCCAGCUAAUCUCUAAUCACGCUGUGGAUACCCACUUCCUUUUUUUUACUGAACCGACUUUCCGGCCUACUGGAGGGUGUGUCUCUGCUGACUCGCUGAUAAAGCUCCGCCCUCUGCUGGUGUACGGGCGAUUAAUUAGCCGGUCGUCACCCCCAACCACCAACAACACCACCCCACCACUCCCACUUUGAGCUCUUUCAGGACAAGGGUCCCAGACAACCCUAAUUCUUCACAAUGGCCGGCAGAAACCAUCUCAGCUCCUUCUGCGCCUCCUCUCUUUCACCCUCCCUGCUCCUCUCGCUCCUGCUGUCGGCCCUGGUGCUCCUGCGGCUGCCCGGGCCGGUCCGGGGGGACUGCUGGCUCAUAGAGGGGGAUAAGGGGUACGUCUGGCUGGCUAUCUGCAGCCAGAACCAGCCUCCAUACGAGACCAUCCCCCAGCACAUCAACAACACGGUGCAUGACUUGCGUCUGAAUGAGAACAAGCUGAAGGCGGUGCUGUUCACCUCGAUGUACCGUUUCACCAACCUCACGGACCUCAACCUCACCAAGAAUGACAUCAACUACAUUGAGGACGGGGCCUUUGCCGGCCAGGCAAACCUUCAGGUGCUCCAGCUGGGAUACAACAAGCUGACCAACCUGAGCGAGGGCAUGCUGCGCGGCCUGGGCCGCAUGCAGUGCCUCUUCCUCCAGCACAACCUCAUCGAGGUCAUCGCCACCAACGCGUUCUGGGAGUGUCCGAGCCUCAGCAGCCUGGACCUGUCCUCCAACAAGCUGAGCCGCCUCGACCCGUCCACCUUCACCUCGCUCAACCGCCUCAUGGUGUGCGAGCUGGCGGGAAACCCGUUCCACUGUGGCUGCGAGCUCUACAGCUUCCUCACCUGGCUGGAGGCGUUCAACAACGUCACACACACCUACGACCGUCUCCAGUGCGAGACCCCUCGUGAGCUGCUCGGCUACCCGCUUUUGAGCCCCUUGCCCGGGCACGGGAGGAACGCCCGCUCCAUCCUCUCCACCACCUGCCGGGACGGUAUUUACAUCCCGGGGAUACCCUCCCUGGGCCCUGACAUGGACGGGUCAGGCGAGGGUUAUCAUAACCCGGACCAGGGUCUCUAUCACCAGCCCACAGCCACCUCCACCGCCGAACCCUUAAACAGCCACAAGAUCUCCAUCAAGCUGCAGAGUGUGUCCUUCUUCACAGCCUCGCUGCUGGUGCAGAUCCCCAAGCCCUUCAGCAAGAUGUACGUCCUGACGCAGUACAACCAGUCCUUUGUGGCCGACAUCAUGCCUCUGAAGAGCAGGAUGGAGGUGAUCAUGCUGGACAAGCUCAACGCCCACACCAACUACACCAUCUGCGUGGCGUCCAUCAGCAAGUCCCAGCGCUACAACCACACCUGUGUGGCCUUCGCCACACGAGUGCUGGGCCUGGAGGACCUGGGCCCCAACCCGUCCACCACCACCCACUACAUCAUGACCAUCCUGGGCUGCCUGUUCGGCAUGGUGAUCGUGCUGGGUCUCGUCUACUACUGUCUCCGGCGGCGACGCAUCGCGGAGGAGAAGGAGAAAGCCAUCAGCGUGAAGAAGACCAUCCUUGAGAUGAGGUACGGUCCCGAGGCGGCAGCAGCAGUGUCUAAUGACCCCGGGGCCGUCCAGCGUCUCCAGGACCAGACCCACCACCAGCACCACCACACCGCGGGGUCUGGGGGAAAGAUGACCCCAUCUGCCUCCUCCAGCACAGGCAUGCUCCACGGCUCAACCAACACCAGCUCCUCCCGUCUCUCCACCCUGCCUCAGGUGGAGAAAAUGGCCAGCGCCUUCAACGAGGCCAUCGGCAACAAGAACAACUACAUGGACGUGAGGACGGGCGCCGUGGCCGGUGAGGGCAGGGAGGGUGGGGUGAUGAGUGGGGGAGGAGAUGCGUUGGUGGACAUGUGCGGCCUGGGGGAGAACGGCUCCGACGGCAAGGAGGACUCGGACGACGACGGGCGCGGCUCGGCCUCUGAGAUCUCCACCAUCGCCAAGGAGGUGGACAAGGUCAACCAGAUCAUCAACAACUGCAUCGAUGCCCUGAAGCUGGACGCCUCGGCCAACGCCUCUGUGGCCACGUCUGACGCCAACAUCCCCGUCCCCAUGGCCCAGCCUCCUGCCUGCAUCACCUCUCUCCCCCGCGGCCUCCUUCCCCUCUCCCCUGGCCACCCGGCCGAUCUGAUCAUGUCCUCCUCCCCCAAGAUGCACUCCAAACCCCAUCCCCAACUGCACCCCCAGACCCACAUCCAGCCGCACCCCCAGCUCCAUCCGCAGGCCCACCCUCCCUCCAUGGCACCGGUGCCCCUGGUCAUACCGCUGUCCGAGCGUCCAGGAAUCAGUGGUGGUGGCUUCCUCUCCCCACCCUACCGAGACCCUCCACCGGCCAACGCCGUACGGCCCAUCCAGAGGCAGCUGAGUGCCGACCCCCCCACCACUGCUGGCAUGAAGAACCGGUGUGGUGUGCCCUCCGCAGGGGGCUCCAUGAGGAACGCUCCACGGGUGCUCAGCAUGGAUGUUCCCGAGCAGCGCAACCAGGAGAACCCGGGCAAAUACCCUGCAGAGGGGAAGGGCGGCUCUGCAGAAUGUGGCGGGGGAGCGGUGAUGGUGGGAAACGGAGGCGCCGGUGUGGGAGGCAAUGGAAACGGUGUCGGGAAUGGCAGCGGCAACGGUGGGGUGCGAGUGAACGGUGGAGGAAUGGCUUGUGGCAACGGCAAUGGUGGUGGGGUCUUGGCAGGACCUGGGCAGCAGCAGCAUCAGCAGCAGCAGCAGCAGCAGCAGCAGCAGCAGCAGCAGCAUCAGCAGCAGCAUCAGCAGCAGCAGCAUCAGCAGCAGCAGCAUCAGCAGCAGCAUCAGCAGCAGCAUCAGCAGCAGCAUCAGCAACACCACCACCACCAUUUGGAGGUGCAGCCUGAACACCACAGCUCCGAGCACCGCCACUCCUUCCCCGCACUCUACUACGAGGGCCCCAACGACUCGCCCCUGCCCGUCCAGAAGGCCUCAUUCCUCAAGCCUUUGGGCCGCGCAAAGCGGGACGCCUCCGCGGCCUACUCCCAGCUCUCGCCUGCUCGCCACCACAACUACAACUCAGGGUACUCCUCCAGCCCUGAGUACUCCUCCGAGACCACACUGAGGAUCUGGGAGCGCUUCAGGCCCUACAAGAAGAACCCCCGCGAGGAAGCGUCCUACAUAGCAGCGGGCCAUGCUCUGCGCAAAAAGGUGCAGUUCGCUAAAGAUGAGGAUCUCCACGACAUCUUGGACUACUGGAAAGGGGUGUCUGCCCAGCAGAAGUUGUAAUCUUCUCCAGCAGGAAUGGAAGAUGUUGGUGG